AUGAAUGCUUCUAGUGAAAUCCAACAGGAAGCUAGCAGCAUGAAGAGUAUACUGAAUACGAGAACCAAGCUAAGAGUAGGCUUCUGGAAUGUCCGUACAAUGUAUGAGACCGGAAAGCAGGCUCAAGUCUUAAGAGAGAUGAAAGAGAACACGCUGCACAUUCUAGGUGUAAGUGAGUGCAGAUGGACAGAUUUUGGAAAGAAUACAACAAGUACAGGAGAAACAAUAGUAUUCUCAGGGAGAAAAGAUGGACGUCAUCAUGAAGGAGUAGCAAUCAUUUUAUCUAAAUCAGCUGCUAAGUCAUUAAUAGAAUAUCAUCCAGUUAAUGAAAGAAUAAUAAGAGCAAGACUAAACACCAAGCCAGUCAAAACAUCCAUAAUACAGGUCUAUUCUCCAACAAAUGAUGCAGAAAGUGAUGUUAAACAAGAUUUUUAUGAAGCACUUCAAGCUGAAAUAGAAAAGAUUCCUAAACAUGAUUUGACAAUAGUUAUGGGAGACCUCAAUGCAAAAGUAGGAAACAACAACACAGGAUUCGAGCGAGUGAUUAGCAAAUAUGGAUGUGGCGUCAUGAAUGAAAACGGAGAGCAGUUUGUAGAAUUUCGUGGAAACAAUAACCUUGUCAUCGGUGGAACACCCUUUCCACAUAAAGAUAUUCACAAACUAACAUGGGUAUCACCUGGAGGACGAGAUAAGAAUCAGAUUGACCACAUCGCAAUUAAUGGUAAAUGGACGAGGUCACUCCAAGAUGUGAGAGUGAGACGAGGAGCUGACGUAGGGAGUGAUCAUCACCUAGUCACUGCUAACAUCAAGUUGAAAUUGAAGAAAAUAGCACCAAAGUCAAAUAUUAAAAAGUUCGACACAGGGAAGCUUAGUGACAACAAAAUCUUACAAGACUUCAGAAUAGAGUUAAGAAACAAAUUCCACGUCUUACAAAACAGCAACAUAGAAAAUGAAAACCAAAUAGACGAACAUUGGAACAGGGUGAGAGUUAUCUUCAGCAAAACAAGCGAAAAAGUAUUGGGCUUCAGAAGACAAGUUCAUAAAGAUCUUAUGAGCAAAUUCUAUGUAAUGAUCAAAGAAUUACUAAGGUACUGA